GCUCUUCCUAUCACAAGAUCGCGCUUUGUCUGUUUGGAGAUGUCGAGCCUAUCCAAUGAUAUAAGGAAUCAAUAACUAACGCCCAUAUGAAAUGCAACUCACUAUCAAAGAGAGUAAAAACGGAAAACUAUUUAUUGCUCGGGGACCAUCACUAAGGAGUCAUGUGGGUGCAGCUCGGGAUACAUUUGUUUGCAUGAAUAUUUACGACAUUUUACGCAUAUAAUUUCCACCUGGAUGAAUUCGUUUUUAUUGUAGCUAACAACAGGCCUGCGUUUGCUCAAUUAACAUUAUUCAUCAAGAGACUGCUUGAUCUCAAUACACUUGAUCUUGCAGGAAAUGAGUUCUUACUUCGUCAAUUCCCUCUUCACCAAAUUUAAAGGAGGCGAUUCUCUGCGCUCCAACUACUAUGACUGCUCAGGGUACGCGCCGGAUCUUGGAGGCAGACCAUCUGUGCUCUACGGUCACAACUCAGGAUCUGCGUUUCAACACGCGGCUCAGUUCCCGGAAUUCUACCACCACGGUACAUCAUCCUUCUCCCACGCAUCUUAUCAACAGAACCCGUGCGCGGUAGCUUACCCUGGAGAUGCCACAGGAAACAUCUUGGGCCAGGACGGUUUACAGAGACAGUCGUUCUUCAGCGCACCAGAUGCGGAUUUUACGCAGUUUGGGGAUUGUAAUUUAAAGGUCAGCAGUAUCAGGGAUGAUUUGGAAAGUGCAGAGCCGUGCACAGCGCAGCUCUUCCCCUGGAUGAGACCACAAGCUACCGGCCGGAGAAGGGGCAGACAGACUUACAGCCGCUACCAGACCCUGGAGCUGGAGAAGGAGUUCCUGUUCAAUCCUUACCUGACCCGCAAGCGGCGUAUCGAAGUGUCCCAUGCACUGGCCCUCACCGAGAGGCAGGUGAAAAUCUGGUUUCAGAAUAGACGGAUGAAGUGGAAAAAAGAACACAACAAAGACAAGUUUCCCAGCAGCAAAGCGGAGCAAGAGCAAAUUGAGAGAGAGAAGGAAGAGGGGAGCCAGGUAUCAGAAAAACACACAUCUGGAGAAGAGGACUCGGAGACUUCCAGUAAUUCUAAAUAGUCUGUUGACUAUUAAAAAAGAAACGUCACUGGAAUCAACUGCAAUUUAAAUAAAAGUCUGUGGUUUGACAUGACGUCUGUGGAUAUCGAAUACAAAGCCAAUCGUGUAUUUCAUUUACUGCAAACUUAUAAUGCGUUUCUGUUUUUAAACUGUGAUUAUUUCAGCUUAUUAUGAUUUGCUGAAUCAAUCUCAGUUUUGUAAGGUUCCACUGGUAUGUUUGAUUACUCUUGAGGCUACAGUGAGGGCAUAUGAGGCGAAGGCUAUAUGGUCUGCAUGGCAUCAAUUUCCUAUCCAAUUUAGUGGGAGUCACAAUCCAAGAUAUGUUCUUUUCAGUACCUCUGAUAUAGCCUAUAAGAUGGGAUGAGGAAUCAGCAUUAGCGAGUGCAUUACUGUAUCUCUUACUGUAAGAAAAUGCACUUUUAUGAUUGUUAAUUACUGUUCAGAAAUUAUUAUUCAGGUUUACAGAUCUUCAACCGAACUACCUAAUAUAUGGGUCAUUGCGUCAAUCAUUUUGUCAGUGUAUCCAUGCGUUAUGCUUUCCUGAGAGGGGAUGUUCAAACGCACAAUGUUAUUCUUAAAAAUGCUGUGUAAAUAUUUGAUAUCGCAGUUCC